AUGUCGGAUGUGUCGAACUCUUUCUCAGCUUGGGAGACUCUGCUGGAGGAUGAAACUCCGGCAGGGUCUCCCAAGCUGAGAAAGCUGCGAAAGCUGUGCAUCGCAGUUCGACGCCCACUGUCACCUCCACGCCACCACGAGGCGGUAAACCGUUGUGGGGGACAUGAUUACUACGGACCUUUACUUUCUUUCAAUGGUCAUACCGGCUUCCUGCAACAGCAAGGAAACUCUCGACUGCGGAAGGAGAAAAGCGGUUUGAAUCCGGAUGAAUUCACUACGAACGCUGUUGACCAUUGGUCAGAGAAUCUUCCACACGUCAGUAACUCUGAGCCUGGAACUGGAGUCCUAACGUUCUUAGUCCUCCACAACGGUUUACCGCAUCAAAGUGGCGUGGAGAUGACUCUGGGCGUCGAACUGCGGUGCACAGCGGAGGUUGGGCGACGACCUGUGGUGAAAGCUAAGCUCGCCGUGGCAUGGUUGCUUAGUUUGGGGAAAAUUCUUUUUACCACUCCAGCAUAUCCACUGCCUCAGUACCAUGCACGCUGGGCCCUGCCGUCUCAGACGUCGGACGGUAUGGCGAGCGGUGAGAGGCGAUCAAAUUUCAGACUGUGUACUUACAACGUGAGAACAGUGUCCACAAACGCUGACCUGCAUGUCCUUCUCGGAGCUGCAGAGCGUAUCAAAUUUCACGUGAUUGCUCUGCAGGAGACCAAGUGCAGAAGGAGCGACGUACGACAGAUGAAUGACUGUACACUCGUCAUUCGUGGAGACGAGAUUACGUCGCAAAAUGUAGGUGGUGUUGGUUUUGUUGUGCACCUAUCUGUGGUCCAUCUUGUCGAUUUUCACGAGAUCCUGUCACCUCGUCUGGCCAUUCUUCGCCUCCGCCCUCUGCGCCAAAAACCCAUCAGUAUCAUCAACUGCUGCGCACCAACAUCAGCAGCUGAUGAACCCGAAUAG